AUGGCCAACUCCCUUUUGCCCCAAUCUUGGAAUGCACAAUCAUACUACAACAACUUCAACCUUGCCCACAAGGUGUUUGGUGCAAAGUCGGAUACGAAUACUGAUAAUGUUGUAGAUGUUGAAACAAUGCUACCAACACCAGAUGCUGUGAAACCGGAGGGUGUUCGUGGAAUUCGGUCUAAAGCCGCUAUUCUGGAUACUAUUGAGGCACAUUUUCCUAAUGAUCCCGAGUGUCAUGUCGCUCUAAGUGAUAAGGCAAAUGACUGUGCUAAUGCUGUUGAAAAUAAAGACAAAAAUGAGGAAGAGAAAGUUGUUACUAUUGGAAAAGAAAUACUGCAAUUUGUUCCUGCAAUGAUAGUGAAACCUUCAUCAUGGAUUGGUUCUACAUUUUCUUGUUCUGGUGACCUUGUCAUGUUUAAUUCUCAACAUGGACUUGCGCUAGCCCAAUGCUUGAAGGAGAUGUCGUGUGUACUUUUAAAUUGGGGGCCAAAGCUACUACCUCGCAGGCGAAGGCUUGAAAUAGAUGGAGUCGCUGAUGAAGAUGGUUGCGAUCCCUGUCAUUGCGACAUAUCUGGAUGGACCCCAAGUGGCUAUGAUACUGAUUGUUGUGACCCGAGUGGGUGUGACAUGGGUGGAUGCGAUCCAUGUGGCUGUGAUAUGCAGGAAUGCGAUAUGGAUAGCUGCGAUGCAGAUGGCUGCGAUCCACGUGGUCGUGAGGCAACUAGACUGUAUGUCGGGCGUAUAGUCCUAUGGCCCUAUGAUGAAAGACCUGGUGUCUGGAUGAAGUUGCAUGAAACAGUGUAUAUUAAAGAUGAUCUUGAACAAGCGUUGGCCGGAGCAGCAACGGAGAAUAAGACGGUAAUAAUUACUGUUGUAAAUAAAGCAUACAUAGAGGGAGAUAAACCAAUGCUAGAUCUCUUCUUGGAUGGUUUUUGGCAAGGAGAAGGCACUAGGGAAUUAGUGAACCGCCUUUUGAUCGUUGCAAUGGAUCAAACCUCGUACGAACGGUGCAACUCUAUGCAUCUUCAUUGUUAUAAGCUCGAAACAGAUGGUGUAGAUUUUGGUGGAGAAAAGUUGUUGUCUCAUGAUUUUAUCAUGAUGAUGUGGAGAAGAACCUUGUUCUUAGGUGAUGUUCUUAAGAAAGGUUACAACUUCAUCUUUACGGACACUGAUGUGCUAUGGCUAAGGAAUCCAUUUCCGAACUUGUACGUAAAUCAAACCGUAGACCUUCAAAUCAGUACAGACAAGUUCAACGGAAGCCAGUGGUAUGAAGAAAACCCAAUAAACACAGGCUUCUACAUGAUCAAAUCAAACAGCAAAACCAUAGAAUUGUUGGAUGCUUGGUAUGCCGGAAAAGACAACAUUAAUUCAACAGGAUGGAAAGACCAGGACGUUUUGAUCAAGUUAAUGAAAGAUGGGAAGUUCAAACAAUUGGGUCUCACUGUUAGGUUUUUGGACACCCUUUAUUUCAGUGGCUUUUGUGAUGAUAGUAAAGAUGUUAACGUUGUUGCAACUGUUCAUGCCAAUUGUUGUCCUAGUAUAAGUGCAAAAUUGGCUGAUCUGACGGCUGUCCUUCAUGAUUGGAGAAGAUUUAAGGGCUCGGAUGCAAAUCAGACAUCGACGUUUGGAUGGAGUACUCAGCAUGUGAAUUGCUGGGAUUCUUGGAAAAACUGAUGGGGAAUUUUGCAUAUGCAUGCUGACCUGAUUAAUUUUAUAGUCGAUUUUGAUACUA